AACAGUCAGCUUGACACAUGAGUGCUCAGCCUAGCACGCACACAAACACACAUACAAACACACACACAAAAGCAUAGAUAAGUAUGUGAGUAUACAGACAUAUGCAUCACACCCGAGCCUAAAAUCCUUUUGGAAAUCACUGAAAGAUGCUACACCGAAAGAUGCUACAGAGGGAAUAGAGAAAAGGCCCAGACUGUGCGAGUGUUGACACAUAAUUCAGGGGGCCAGAAGUGAGGAGACAAGUUGUUCGGCUGGUUUGUCAGACUCAGACCCACUCCAGUCAUCGGCAGCAGGUAAAGGACUCGCCCACAGACAGAUUAACCCACACUCUGAAUGUUGUCAUUUCUUCUCUGAGCCGCGUGAAUUUUGACAAAAGGUGGGGCAGUACUGACAUCCACCAAACAUCAUGGACCAGGAGGAAGACAAAAACUCUGUGGAUUUCCAUGACAACCCUCCAGCUCCUGACAACGUAGUUAGAGAGGACGGAGACACAGUCUAUUUCAUAUAUGAUGAGGAGGUGGAGGUGGAGGAGAAGGAACCAGAACCUCCUCCUCCUGUUGUCCGAAUCAACGACAAACCCCACAAGUUCAAGGACCACUACUGCAAAAAACCCAAGUUCUGUGACGUCUGCGCUCGCAUGAUAGUCUUGAACAACAAGUUUGCUCUGAGGUGUAAAAACUGCAAGACCAACAUCCACCACUCAUGUCAGUCCUAUGUUGAGUUCCAGAAGUGCUUUGGCAAAAUUCCACCUGGCUUCAGAAGGGCCUACAGCUCCCCGCUGUACAGCAGUGAUAUACCAGAUCCAAACAACCCGAACCGGAACGACCCAGUCUUUGACACCCUGCGUGUUGGUGUCAUCAUGGCAAAUAAGGAGCGCAAAAAGAAUGAAAAUGACAAGAAAAAUCUGAUGGUGAUGAUGGAGGAAGAAGAAGAGGAGAACCAACGGCCCAAAGAGAACGAGGAGGGAGGAGAAGGGAAGCCUGAUGAUAAGAAGGAGAAAGGAGGAGACAAAGCAGAUGACAAAAGUAAAGGUACAUUCUCCCAGACCCACUAUUACCUGGCUCUCUACCGCUUCAAGGCCAUAGAGAAAGACGAUCUUGACUUCCACCCUGGUGAUCGUAUCACAGUACUCGAUGACUCCAAUGAAGAGUGGUGGAGGGGAAAGAUGGGGGACAAGUCGGGCUACUUCCCCACCAACUACCUCAUAAAAGUGCGUGCAUCAGAAAGAGUUUUUAAGGUGUUACGUUCCUUCGUAGGGAACAGAGAGAUGGGACAAAUCACACUGAAAAAAGAUCAGAUUGUGGUGAAGAAAGGAGACGAGAAAGGCGGCUACUUGAAGGUCAGCACUGGACGCAAGCUGGGCUACUUCCCUGCUGAUCUGCUGGAGGAGAUCACUGUGACAUAAAAAGCACGACAUGCAAUGAAAGAGCCUGCAACACACUUUAAACAGUAGCAAAGAUUGGAGACAUCACUGUUCAGAAGAUCCUCCUGAUCUUUUCUAUAUUUGUUACCCAAAACAAGAUAUCAAAAUGAGCUCUUUUUGUGUCUGUCACAGCAGAAAUGUAUUUCCUGUGAUGUAUCUGUGACUUUGACACAAAGUGAAGCAUGAGAAAGGAGAGAAUAAUGAUUCAUACGUACAGGCUUCAAAAGUAACUUUUUCGUCUACCAGCCAAAUGGCUAAUGAAUGUUCAAAUAUUACCAGCCACUCAGAUUACAAUUGGGUUUUUUGGCUGGUGAGUGAAGCAAAUCUACCAGCCACUUGCAUAUUUCACCAGCAUUUGGCUGGUAAACGGUGCCAAUUUGGAACCCUGCAUACGUACAUUAAAAUAUUUGUAAGAGGCAAUCAGGUGAUGUAUUGGCUUUGUCGUGACUAGCAUGGUAAAACAAAGGUCAGAUCCUUUAAGUUACUACAGCGAUUAUAGCUAGCAUAAAGGAGAUCCAUUGAUACAACCUGGAGAGCUUGAAAGAGGUCAUAAAUGAAUGCAUUAUUGAUAUGAAGUCAGAUAAUUAACAAAGGCUUGAUAUAAGAUUCAAUUAUAUAUUUCUAAAUCAAUUUGACAAAGCGGACAAAGAGAGUUCAUGUUACAUCUCACAGCAGAUUAUUUAAGUUUGGCCAUAACAAAACCUCUGAGUACCCUUCAUUGUACUUUCAGGCUAAUGAACCAAUUCCACUGCUCAUUUAGGUAUGAUCCGAUUCAAACAUUUUGUUUGGUUAUAAUUUAUCUGUUUUAAAAAUAUUAUUAUAUAAGUAUUGUAAUGAUAGUUAAUAUUGUCUAAUAAAAUAUCUAAAGACUUGUUUGCUGCCAUUUUCAAGGCUCUCUACGUCCUUUAUAGUUACUUAUAAAUACUCUAGGGUCCAAAUCCAUUUCAACAUGUACAUUAUGUUAACAAAAAGAGUGAACAGUGCAAAGACAAUUUCCUAGAUUGGGCUUGUACAAAAUUUCACGUUAACCUGAUAAACUGAAGAAAGGCUAUAUGAAAACAAAUUGUGUAUAAAAACAGAAAUACUGCUCAGAAUGGUCUCAAAUGUUUGCACUGUUUGCUGCUAAUAAAAUUAGCUUGAAUUGCCCGAAGUUUAAAUGUUUCAAAAAUGAAACCUGAAGUGCACUUAAAAACCUAAUGUGAAACUUCCUUUAACAUGUUUCCAAAAAGGCAAUAUGGUAUUCAAAAACAAAAGAAGAGAGAUCAGAGGGGCCUCUCUUGAUGUGCUGUAGUUAGUAGCACUUGUUACUGUUGCUGCUAAAGUUAUCCAUAGCUUACAAUGGCGUUUUAACUCACAUCAUAUCCUGUAUUUAUGUUAAAACUGGCAACUGCAAUCCAGUUAAAAUUGAGUUUGAAGUUGGAGUGGGAUUAUCAACUCUGGGCAGAAAAAAAUCAUGUGACCCAGCAGCAAAUAUGUUUCUAAAUAAAAUGCAUCAAAAUAG